AUGGCUUCUGCCAUCGAGGAACCUGCGAAGGAGGUCGCUCCUCCUGUUGAGCGUGAAGGCGCUGCUGAGCGUGCCAAGGCCCAUGGCUUUGUCGCUACCUCCGCGUUCGACUACGCUGCUUACAAUGCCACAACGCUAGAGGCUCGCGAGGCCCUUGUCAACGAGGGCAACUACCUUGAGCCUUCCUGGGCUGCGUCUGCGGCUCGCUACGAGUGGGAUGAUGAGUUUGGCGAGGUUGGACCGCCCAACGAGGAGCUUGAGAAAGAGCUCUUCCGCCAUGAGAACGUCAUGAGGCGCGGCAAUGCCUUCAACGAGCUGGAGUACGAGGUUUUCAGUGAGGGCCCGACCAAGAUCGCUCCCAUCCGUUUCUUCCAGGAUGCCGGUCUUCAUCCGACUAUGCUGGACAACGUGAGCCGUCUGUGCAAUUACGAGAACACCACGCCUAUUCAGGCGUACACGAUCCCUGCUGUUCUCUUGGGUCACGAUGUCAUUGCUAUCGCGCAGACCGGCUCUGGUAAGACUGCUGCUUACCUCGUCCCGAUCCUGUCGCGCCUCAUGGGCAAGGCUAAGAAGUUGGCCGCUCCGCGCCCCAACCCUGCUACGUAUAACCCGGCCACCGAUCGCGUCCGCGCUGAGCCCCUUGUGCUCAUUGUCUGCCCGACUCGCGAACUGGCUGCUCAGAUCUUCGACGAGGCCCGCCGCCUCGCCUAUCGUUCCAUGCUGCGCCCCUGUGUCAUCUACGGCGGUGGUCCUGUUGCUGCCCAGCGCGAAGAGCUUGGAAAGGGCUGUGAUGUUCUGAUCGCUACUCCUGGUCGUCUGCUCGACUUCAUGGAGAAGCCUCACAUCCUGUCUCUCAGCCGUGUCAAGUACACCGUCAUUGACGAGGCUGAUGAGCUUCUCGAGGCUGACUGGGAGGACGACAUGAAGCGCAUCAUGAGUGGUGGUGACAUCAACGAGGAUGCUGACCAUGCCUACCUCAUGCUGUCCGCCACUUUCCCGAAGGCGGCUCGUGCCUUGGCUCGUGACUACAUGGCCGAAGAGCAUGUUCGCAUCCGUGUUGGCCGUGCUGGUUCUUCGCACGGGAACAUCACGCAGAGGAUCGUCUGGACCGACGAUUUCAACAAGGAUCGUGCUUUGUACGAUUUGCUGUUCUCGAUGCCGCCCGCCAGGACCAUCAUCUUUGUCAACUCCAAGCGUAAGGCCGACCUCAUUGACGAUUACCUUUACAAUCUCCAGUUGCCUUGCACGUCGAUCCACUCGGAUCGUACCCAGCGCGAGCGUGAGGAUGCACUUCGUGCUUUUAGGAACGCCACCUGCCCUAUCUUGGUUGCCACUGGUGUCUUCGCUCGUGGCCUCGACGUGUUCAACGUGAUGCACGUCAUCAACUACGACUUGCCGUCUGGCAUGCACGGCGGCAUCCGCGAGUACGUCCACCGCAUUGGUCGUACUGGCCGCAUCGGGAACAACGGCCUUGCUACGUCGUUCUACAACGAGCGUAACGAGGACAUUGCGGAGGACCUUGUCAAGGUGCUCAUGGAGCGCAAGCAGGAGGUUCCUGAUUUCCUCGAGAGCUUCGCUCCUCCUGAGGGUGAGCCUCUGGAAUUCGACGACGACACUGAUGCGGAGGAGGAAGCUGCUGCUGCGGCUGCUGCGGCCGAGAACGCCGACGAUGCUGGCGGCUUCCAGGCUGAUGAGGGCGGUUUCAAGGCUGACGAGGGCGGCUUCAAGACCGAUGAAGGUUCUUCUGGCGCUACUUGGUAA